AUGAGGCGCUUCGUCUUCUACACCAGAUGGUCGUCACUUGGAAGUCCGCUACAUUACAGGAGAAAAAGAAGGAACAGGAAAAGGAAUCAAACUCGCUCGAGAAUUCUCAUACGGUUCCUCCUCCUUUGUACUUUCCUCAACUACGCGUCUGUCUUGCAUGCUGUUGAAGGAAUGGCCCUAGUGAUGCUUUGCCAAAUCAGGCCUCAGCCGAAGAAGAUUGCAAUCUCUUUGCUGAAGGAGGUGAAGCAAAUCAUAUCCAUAUUGGCUCUUGAUAACGCAGACACUCCGGUUAUAACUGUUCUUGAUGAAGCUACCCCAUACGUCGUUCGAAAGUACAUAGAACAUGUCCCGUUGUAUGAGAGAAUGAGCUGGAAUCUUGACUUCACUUCAGUUUGUGAUAAAGUCGCUGUCAUCGACUCUGACGUGUGCUUGGUGAACAGUGACAAAGGCAAUGAGUAUCUCCAAUGGGAUCCAUGGGCUUGUGCGUUAAGUGGAUAUGCCGAGCGAAAGCAUCUCAUUUCAAGGUGUCCAACUGCCGUGGCCAACGCUUGGCCUGUACUUUUCAGCAGGUUGAUGGCCGUGAAUGCGUAUGUAGACCCAAGCAAUCCACAAAACGAGAAUCGAGCUUCUCUACUUCGCGGCAGCAAAAGUAAGGGAUCGUCAGUAUGUGGCGAGGCUCUAAGUCAGGAUGGGUGCCUUUCAUUAUGGCAGAAAUACCUCGUGCUUUGCUGCGCAUUUGCACCGUCGCCUCACAACCAUAAUAGCCUGAUAUCAAGAAGUUUUAGUCCCACUUCUUCAAUGGAAACCGACGUAUUGAGAAGCGUGUCAUCGUCGUUACGGACCACUUCUCGUAUUUCUUCUACUGCCACACUUCCUCAGUUGUUCACGAAAACCGCUGCAAUGCUAAGAUGGGAAAAUAUGAUUGAUAUUCGCGAUAGCGUUGUUCUUGGAAUUGGAUCUUUGAAUGCUGUGGCAUUUGAAACAUUCUUGGAAGACCUAAAUCAGCGCGGCAUACUGAGGGACGCAAUGGAGAAAAAGAUGGAAACAAAUGUACGUCGGCGCAAGCGCAAGGAUCUUUUGAGGCUUCAGAUAAUUCGCAUUAUUGAGAUUGCGAUAUUUCGAAGACUGUCUUCGACUGCCACAUUAAUUCGAUGUAAAUGGCAAUUGAGGUCCUUUGAAUUUGCGGAUUUUAUAGAUCGCUAUAGAAGCAAUCUUGAAAGCGACUUGUUACGGAUCGGCGACAUUUGCAGUGGUGACAAGGAUGCGCCUCCAUUUUGCAAACUGAUUGUGGUAGGAUCAUAUGUGGAACAGAAAGCAGCUUUGGCUAUGACACGUUUGCUGAGUUGUGGGCGAAUAUUUGAGACACAAAAGUCGAUAGGCGAAGAUGGCUACCUUUACGGUUGGCUGGAAAAGCUCGUUUCGAGUGCGAACACAACGAUGCAAGGAGAGGUUGAGGAAAUGCUAGCGUGGAUGUUGGAAUUGAAUGAAUCCAGUCACUUGUUGGAUUGGCUGAUGUCUCAGUGCUACUCUCAGCCAAGUGUGGUUGCGGCAAGGUGCUUCCGAGCUCUUGUUCGGGUAUUCUCCAAACGUGAUUUCCCAUGCGAAUUCAUUUCCCUCUUCGUCCUUUGCCAAGCAAUGCUUGGUGACGCUGCUGUAACAGAUGCUGCAGUGCAUAUGAUCGAAAUUCUCAAGAGGCAGUUUCUCGACAAUAGCAUGGUAGUCUCACCGCCAUUAGGUCCAGCUUCCAAUAACAUUACGGUAACACCACCGGUCCAGUUGAGACCUACAGUUGUUCCCGACACUCACAGUCAUUGUCUGCCAAUGGAUCAACAAGCUGUUUGCCGGAAUUUAGCAAAUGCUUAUCCACACCUCACUAUUACGAUAUUCAGCGAAGUUUCGAGUCGUCUAGAAGGGGCUCGAAGCCAAAACAGAACCUACUUAAUAUCUCUCCUGCAUGCGUGGGUGGAGAAUAUUGAACUUGUUGAUCCGAUGGCUGGUGAAGAUUCAUGUGAAGGUCCUCGUGGAUGGGGAUCGGAAGAAGCUACGCAAUUGCUGUUGAAUAAUCUGAUGUACUUAACGAUAUGCUUGGCUCCUGAUCAUGAGCACGAGCUGGCUGAACUUUGGCGUGCUCUUGCUCUGUCAUUUCCUGCGAAUUUGCCAGUGAUUCUCAAUUACCUCUACGUAGUCACUGUACUGUCACAUGAGGCACUUCUUCCUUAUGCAAAACGAGUAAGCGUCAUACUGGCUGGUGUGGUGGGGAAUCGCAUCGCUGCCUUGCUAUUGGAGCAGCUAUCCUCGUCUGUGGAUAAUGCACGCCAUACACUGGAAAGGUCCGAUAUUCCUCCAUACUAUCGCUGGAAGGAUGAUGCCGAAGCAAAGAAGGAUUCUGUUGUGGAAGUUAAUUCACCUAUGCGAGACUCUCCCAUGGGUGAUCGUUUUGCUGCCGCAUCAGAAGAUGCUAACAAGGAAGGGGUUCGCCUCCUUCCAAUGCCUGCUUACGGAGGUUAUUACUCAAGACUCUGCACUUAUCUGCCACCCACUACUCAGCCAGUUCAAUUUUUCACCAGGAGUCAAGUCUCACUUCUUUUGAUAUGUGAUAUAAUUCGAGCAUCAUCUGAUGUGGAUUGGACUGAAGCUACUCCACGACUGCUCCAUGCAGCUGUACUUUCACUAGAUUCACUCCGGCCAGCGCUCUGUCGUCAUGCCAGACAGACAAUCAUCAACAUCUCCCUUUUGCAUGCAGAUCAGACCACUUUAGCUCAUGUUUCGGGAAUGUUAUUGAAACAUCAAAUGAGUCGCUCAACUUCGGACGACUACGGACUUAAGACGUCUGCAGCGUCAUUCUGUGAAGUAGUUGCUGCGAGAGGUGCUUCACCUACGUUCGCAAAAGUAGCCGCUGAGGAAUAUCGCAGCAUGCUUCUUAACAGCAACACUUUGUUCUCUUCACAGAGUGAUCUCAUUAUGGCUCUCGUUUUCUGCCUAAGUGAAAACAUGGAAACUCCUCUGUGGGCUAACGAAGAUGCGACGCCGCGCUGCUGGAAAGUGCCUAGUGCUGCUCAACUCACCUGCUUGGUUCGCCAUUUGGCAGAACUUGUACUGCCAUCCAUUCCGUUGUUACCAGUGGUAUGGACUCAACUGGCAAUGCGGAUGGCUCUUACUACAAGUCAACGUCAUGCAGCAGGGAGAUGUUUCCAG